UUCGGGAAAGGACUGUCAGUUGUCAGCGACCGGGGACCAACGGACUGAAGAUGGAGGAGCCCAUGAUGCUGGUUUAUAACACGGAUGGGAAGCUGCAGGUCAACCCGGAGGCCCUGAGGGUGCUCCGGUCCGUCGAAGAUCCGCUGGUUGUGGUGGCCGUGGCUGGUGCCUAUCGUACAGGGAAGUCCUACCUCAUGAACAGCAUUGCGGGAAUCAAGACGGGAUUCUCACUGGGAUCAACCAUGGAGACUCACACCAAAGGAAUCUGGAUGUGGUGCCGACCCCUCCCUCAGAGAUCGGGGCCAAGCCUCCUUCUGUUGGACACAGAGGGUCUGGGAAAUCCCGAGGGAGACAGCGACAAUGAUACUUCGAUCUUUUCACUGGCCAUUCUCUUGAGCAGCAUCUUUAUUUACAACUGUCGGGGAAAAAUAGACCAGCAAUCCAUGGCGGACUUACAUUUUGUGACUGAACUGUCCAAACGGAUCCAGGUGAGGGCUCAGCCCAAUGUCAGUGACAGUCGGGACUUUGUCCGUUUGUUCCCCGAAUUUGUCUGGCUGAUCCGUGAUCUGACCCCGGAGCUGGAGAUCGAAGGGAAAGAGGUGUCUGCGGAUGAUUACCUGGAGCACUGUCUCCGUCUGAGGGAGGAUGGGAACAGUCAGCAGAACCGGGAAUACAACGAUCUCCGCAGGUGUAUCCGGGAUCAUUUCCCCACACGUCGCUGCUUUGCAUUUCCCUGUCCGGCUCAAAGGAAGAAACUCAAGGGUCUUCAGGAAAUGGAGGACGAGGAUCUGGAUGAGGAGUUUGUCGAGGAGCUCCGGAGACUCUGCGAAUACGUUCAAGCCAACAAGAAAGUCAAGAGAGUUCUCGGGGGUCACCCGGUCACGGGCAGGAGAUUUGCUGAACUGACCGAGACCUAUGUGGGCAUGAUGGCGGACGGGGCCCUACCGUGUGUGAAGAAGAGUGUACCGAGAUUGAUGGAGGUGGAGAACAAGGCAGCAUUGGAUGAAGCCCUUGCCUUUUACAAACAGAAAAUGAGCCAAAUCUCCCAUCGUGGCCCUGAGGCUUACAACAAACUCCUCAUGGAUUCACAUGAGAACUACAAAGAGGCACUGAAGAUCUUCACGAAAAAAUCUAUGUACGACAGCAGUGAAAAACACAUCAAAGAGCUGGAGCUGGCAGCUGGUGGGUACCGGGAGCUGGAUUCUGAGCUCAGUGAGGCCGUCAACAAGUACAGAGCUGCAACCAAGGAUGAAGUGCAGGGGAAUAACGUCCUCGACCGCUUCCUGGAAGAAAAGAAACCUCUUCUCGGCCAGGUAAAGAAGGUGGACAGGAAGCUGACUGAGGAAAAGCACGCUUUGGAAAAGGAGCUCUUGAGGGUGAAGGAGGAGAUGGAGAAGAGGGAGCGGGAGUGGAAGGCGGCCGAGGAACGCAGGAAGAAGUUGCUCCUGCAGCAGCUCAGGGAGAAGUUUGAGGAGGGGAAAAAGUUCAGCCUGGAGGAGCUGAAGGAAGCCAUGGACCACACAGAGAGAGAGGUGAAGAAGUACUUGUCCGAGGGCAGGGAGGAGGAUGCGGAAAGGGCUCAGGAGACGUACGAGUACCUGAAGAAGAAGCAUGAAGAGGAGAAAAAUCGGUGGUUCAACACCAAACUGACGUCGUACUGUGGAAGCCAUCGCUACCUUCGGCUGCCAUAUGUGAUCCUGUCCGCACCAGAAGUCUACCGUAAAACCAUUGACAUGAUUUUUGAGGGCAUACCUAGUGCCGAGCCCAUGGUGGAUAACUUUAUCGUCUGGGGGACCAUCAAGGAGGAACACGAUACUCGACUGAGACAAGUGUUUGACAACAAACACAACAGCGUGGUCUGCGGAUUCAUUGACCGCGCCGCAUACAUUCAUGUCGAAAUCGUCGAUCUGGAUGGCAGACAACAACGGGCCCAGACCCGAGCCCUGAGUAACACCACUAGUCACGGGCCUCCGGUCCGAGAGACGACCUUCGUCCCUCACCCCCUGCUCCCUACCGUCGAGCCGACUGUGGGUCCAACCCGCCUGGAUCCUGAGCCAUCCAACCUUCGAGAGCAGCCCACCGCCCGGAAGGGUGCAUUGGGUGGGCGGGGAGCACCAACACCAGUCGGCCUAGCUGGGGUUUGGGUAACCAUGGCUGAACCAACCAAACACGUCCAUGGGAACAGCCUGGGUAUUGGGCGCGGGGAGCGGGCGGCUGAGGUCAACGAUCGUCCCAUCAAACGGUGGACAGACCAGAGGGGCCGAAUGGUCUGA